AUGAUACUUAAUGAAAUUAUUAAAACAUUCAAUCUAUCAGAUCCAUUAGAUGUUGUAUCAUUAAUUGCCAAAUACCACAAUUUAGACUUAAAAAAUGCUACAGUAAUUUUGGUUGUUAAUAGCAUACUAAUUGAUGAAAUGUUAAGAUAUUUUCUGCAGAAACAUUCUGGAAGACAUAGAAGAGUUCUAGAAACUCUGAAUGAUUGUCAUAGAAUUGAAGAAUAUAAUGUUAAUACUUUGAUGAAUGAUCUGCACUAUAACCUUACUGAAAAAUACCAUAAUGCUAUUUUUAGUACUGUUGAAGAUGUUAGGCUAAUUAUAUGA